GGGCGCUCUGUCAGCGGCGGCCGCGCGUGCGCAGGGGCCGGUGGGGCGCUGGCAGCCGAGCUGAAUCGAGCCGCGCCGCCCCCGCCCGGCUAUGUCGUACGGCCCGCUGGACCCCUACCUGCCCAGGGCGCUGCCCCCGCCGCGGGACUUCGGCGGCAUCAUCCAGACAUGCAGCGCCAACGUGCAGCGCAUCGCGCAGUACACUGUGCAGAUAAAGAAUUUGAUGAGCCAGCUGGGAACCAAGCAGGACUCCAGCAAGCUCCAGGAAAACUUACAACAGCUACAGCAUUCUGCAAACUGCCUUGCCAAAGAGACCAAUGAAUAUCUAAAGGAGCUGGGGUCUCUGCCACUUCCUCUGUCUGCUUCUGAACAGCGUCAACAGAGGCUUCAGAAAGAACGUUUAAUGAAUGAUUUCUCCGCAGCCUUAAAUAACUUCCAGGCAAUACAGAGGCGAGUGUCAGAGAAGGAAAAAGAGACUGUUGCAAGGGCAAGAGCUGGAUCCCGUAUUUCUGCUGAUGAGCGGUUCAGAGAAGAACAGCUAGUUUCAUUUGAUAGUGGUGAAGAUUGGAAUCAAAUGCAAUCUCAGGAAGAUGAUGUGGCAAUAACUGAACAGGACCUUGAACUUAUUAAAGAAAGAGAAACAGCAAUCAGGCAAUUAGAGGCAGACAUUUUGGAUGUCAAUCAGAUAUUUAAGGAUUUAGCCAUGAUGAUUCAUGACCAAGGAGAUAUGAUUGAUAGCAUAGAGGCAAAUGUGGAAAGUGCGGAAGUUCAUGUGGAAAGAGCCAGCGAGCAGUUACAGAGAGCUGCCUAUUAUCAGAAGAAAUCCCGUAAGAAGAUCUGUAUCCUGAUUGUUGGUCUUGCUGUGGCUUCUAUAAUCAUAGGCUUGAUUAUCUGGUGGACAAAAAAGUGAAAUCUUCACAUGGAACCUUGUCUCAUUGCUGAGAAUUUUUCUCCCCCCCCCCCAGCACGAACAGGCUGACUAGUCUCAGAAAUGAAUUGACCACCGUGAGAGAGCACAAGCUGGUACUACUUGUAGUAAUAGCAACUAACAUUAGCAACUAAUGUGCAGAUAACUAGUAUUUGGAAUUAGUGAACCAUGGAGACAGUAUCUAUCAGUUUAUAUACAAAUUAUAUUGUUUUACGUAACUAACAUCUUGUGGUUUUGCUUUCUGUAAUGUAUUAUUCCCUGUCCCAACUGUAUGCUGAAGUGUGAUCAAUAAUUCGAGAUGUCUUGUUUUUUGACAAGUGGCACAAUCUUAACUUUUUAUAUGUAUACGUAACUUGUUGGACUGGAAUAAGAAUGACAUUCAAAGAGGGCACAACAAUGAUUUGCACUACCUUAAUUCAGAAGUUUUUUAAAGUCUCCAGUAUCUGCCCCAUGGUUUUUAUUAGUCUCCAAGUGGCUGUGGUUCUAAAUUCAAUUGAACAGAGAUGCCAUUGCAGAUCUGAAAGGCAAGGAGAAGUAUGUAUGGAUGAUAGUUGGAACCACUGUGUACUUAGUAACUGGUCAGUUUGGCCUUGAGGCUCGUUGUUUUUAAUUUUUGUGCAUGUAUUUUUUUUCCAGAACACAAUUUGAGGACAGGGAUGUCCUUUAACUUAGUCUGUCAAUGCAGCUUCUUUAGAGAAACUAGCUGACUUGUGAUUAGACAGAAAUCUCUUCCAAUGCCGACUCAAAGCACUAAAAUACAGAGUUUAGCUGCUUGCUCCUAAUUGUUUUUUUCAGGGAGAAAACUGCAAAGAUAAGGAAGUGGGCACUUAAGUUUACAAGCCAGCAAGAUAGAUAAGUUACAGGUGAAAUCUUGCAUCUUGAAGAUUAUUGUAGUGUAUUAGUAAAUAUUGUAUGGCUUGUGAAUAUCUGGUAUUUUCCAUUCUUUAUGAAAUAAAGUGAAGAAAGUGGUUGGGUGAAGUGCUAGGUUUUUGAGACUGUGGAUGAGCGUGCAAAUGAAAAAGAUUGCUGGUUCCAACUGUCUUGCUAGCAGAGCUGGACAGAAUGUAGCAAGCACUCCUCACUGUGUAGCUCUGAACUGAAAUGCACUGAGGGAACAGCAAUCUGUCCAAAGCCCAACACAGUGUGGUACAUGCAUCAUACUGACCCAUUUUGUAUUUAAUCCUUAUUCCGUGUCUCCUGUAUAAUAAAGUAAAUGUGAAAGCUGGGAAGGGAGGAUGUUCUCCCAAUUGCACAGUGGUUUGCACUAUUGCGCCAUCAUUCCAUCUAAUAACUGUUAAUAAACACUUCUAAAAGCCUUU